CAAAACUAUGUUGUACAAGUAUAAAUUAAGCAAGAACUGUGUUAUUGUUGUCACUUUAAGGGAUGAAUUAAGUAUGUAGUAGUAUUCCAGUGAUCGUAUCAAUUGCCUAGGGAAGGCUUUUGAUAUUCCCGUAGCAGAGUUUCAUUUCUUCCUCGCAGUAAUUUCCAAGUUCACAGCUCGAAAGUCGAAACCGACCACCCCAUAAAUUCCCUACCCUUCACCCCCAUUAAAAUUCUUACACUAAAUAUGAAGAGCAAGAAUCACACUAUAAAAUGCCUUCAAAAUCAUCACCACUUCUUCUCACUUGUCUCUUUAGUUCACAGCCUCCAAAAUAUUCAGUAAGUAGCCCGUCACAUUACAAUAACAAAGCCGCAGAAAUUAAACAAUGGCGAUUGUAGUCAAAGAGCUUGCGAUCGACGCACCCAUCAUCUCGUCCUACAACGACCGCAUCCGGCCAUUGCUGGACUGUGUUGAUAAGCUUCGGCAUUUGAAAAUAGCCCAGGAGGGGAUUCAACUCCCGACCAUCGUCGUCGUCGGAGACCAGUCCUCCGGCAAGUCCAGCGUUCUUGAAUCUCUCGCCGGAAUAAGCCUUCCCCGUGGGCAGGGGAUUUGCACCAGAGUCCCUCUUAUCAUGCGCCUUAAGAACGUACCCAACCUCGCCCAGCCGGAGCUCCACCUUGAGUUCAACGGAAAAGUCGUUCAAACUGACGAAACCAGUGUCGCCGACGAUAUUGUUCUGGCGACUGAUGAAAUUGCGGGAAGAGGAAAAGGGAUUUCACAUACACCAUUGACGUUGACUGUGAAGAAGCACGGCGUCCCGGAUUUAACGAUGGUGGAUCUUCCCGGGAUCACCAGAGUCCCUGUUCACGGCCAGCCGGAAGAUAUUUACGAGCAGAUUUCAAACAUUAUAAUGGAGUAUAUUUCUCCACAGGAAAGCAUCAUUCUGAAUGUUCUCUCAGCCAGCGUUGACUUCACAACCUGCGAGUCAAUCCGUAUGUCCCAGAAAGUUGAUAAAACAGGGGAGAGGACACUGGCCGUCGUGACGAAAGCUGACCGGGCACCGGAAGGGCUGCUGGAGAAGGUCACCGCCGACGACGUCAACAUCGGUCUCGGCUACGUAUGCGUCAGAAACAGAAUCGGCGAAGAAUCGUAUGAUGAAGCAAGGAUCGAAGAAGCGAGGCUGUUCCAGACCCACCCUUUACUGUCUAGAAUUGAUAAGUCAAUUGUUUCUGUUCCAGUCUUGGCGCAGAAGCUGGUCAGAAUACAGGCGACCAUAAUCUCAAAAUGCUUGCCGGAGAUCGUUAGGAAGAUCAACGACAAGCUGUCAGCGAACAUGGCUGAUCUCCAAAGCUUGCCCCAAAAUCUCUCCUCUGUCGCUGAAGCUUUGACAGCUUUCAUGCGGAUUAUCAGCUCUUCUAAAGAAUCUCUGAGAAAGAUUCUCAUCAGAGGUGAGUUUGAAGAAUAUCUGUGAUGUCUAGGUUCCAGCUCAGGUCUCCACAGGGUUCACCCACAAAGGAUGAAAGAACACCACUAGAUCACAAGGUGAGGUUGUGGGCAACAACCAACUCACAAUUUCCGGCCAACUCAGAUUGUUCGAGCACCACAAAGGAGCAGAGGUUCGAUUUGGGGAAAAGGAUUUUUCUCAGCCAGAAAAAAAACAGUUCGCACAAGAGAAGAGUCGAAUAUAUAGGUGAGGUGCCGAGUAUCAGAAAUGGUAACUUACCAUACAAGGAGAUACGCAAUGAAUUGAAGCAUCAACGGAAAGAAUCGAUCGGCCAAGGGAGAUGGGAUGCGAACUGUCAACGGGGAAGAGAGAAGGGUCGGGUCGGGUACUCCUUUGGGGUUGUUGGGCUUAUGUAAUUGUUGGGCCAAUACCUAACACAAUCUCCACCUUAUUGGACCAUAGUGGUGUAGAGUCAAAAAUGACUCUAAAACAAACAUGAGACUCAUCAUCGCUGGAUUGCCCGAAUAAUCACAAAGACAUAUUCAGGCAAAAGGGGUAAGAUCACCAGGCAACUUAUCCGCAAUCAAUGUUUAACGUGCGUUUGCACGACAGCAACUUUUCGACAGAGAGACAUUUAGUCCCCAUGUCAGCAGGAUUAAAUUCCGAAGGAAUUUUAAUCAACUUGAUAUGACCUGCACUCACAAUAUCACGUAUAAAAUGAAAUCUAAC